AAGAGAGGAGGGGACGGGAAAGGGAGCGGGAGGGGAGGGAAUGGAGAAGGGCGCCUCCCUGCUGCGCCCCCCCCCCCCUUCAGCAGGUAGUUGGGGAAGUUUCCCAGGGGAAGAGGAAGAAGGAUCGGGGUCACGUGGGGCCCCACUGCCGGAGGAUCAACAGAGCUUUAGAGAGCCCCGCGUCUGAGGGGGAAAGGGACACAAAGAGAGUCGGAGACCGGGAAGGAGGAGGAGGAAGAAGAGAGAAAGAGACAGAGAUAGAGACAGAAACAAGAGAAAGCACCAGAGGCUGAGGGACAGAAAGAAAGAGAAAGUACCAGAGGACGAAUCCAAAAGGAAAGCAGAUAAAGAAAAAGGACGAGAGAUAAGAGACAGAGACAGAGAGGGGCGGGGGGCUCCAAGAGAAACGAGCACUGGACAGUGGGGAAGUAGUCCCCUUCACUUUCGGGGGCGCGGGGAGGGGCCAUUCGGUGGGGGACAGCCUUAGGCUGUCUCCUCCCGGGGCAGGGGAAUACCCUGACGGGUCAGCCUUUGUGGGAGUAGUGUUUGUGUGUGUGUGUGCAUGCGCGCGUGUGUCCGAAAGUGAGUGUGAGUGCGUGUGAGCGCAGGGGGCCGGUGACCUCCGCGGCACCCCCCUCCGGCCGCCAUGAGCUCCCCUCCGCCCCCCCGGAAGGGCUUUUACCGGCAAGAGGUCACUAAGACUGCGUGGGAGGUGCGGGAACUCUACCGGGACCUGCAGCCCGUGGGCUCGGGGGCUUACGGGGCCGUGUGCUCGGCCAUUGACAGCAGGACCGGCACCAAGGUGGCCAUCAAGAAGCUGUACCGUCCCUUCCAGUCGGAGCUGUUCGCCAAGCGCGCAUACCGGGAGCUGCGGCUGCUCAAACACAUGCGGCACGAGAACGUCAUCGGCCUCCUGGAUGUCUUCACCCCGGACGACACGCUGGACGACUUCACAGACUUCUACCUCGUCAUGCCCUUCAUGGGCACAGACCUGGGCAAGCUGAUGAAGCACGAAAAGCUCAGCGACGACCGCAUCCAGUUCCUGGUGUACCAGAUCCUCCGAGGCCUCAAGUACAUCCACGCUGCCGGCAUCGUCCACAGGGAUCUUAAACCCGGCAACCUGGCUGUGAACGAGGACUGUGAGCUGAAGAUCCUGGACUUUGGCCUGGCCAGACAGGCGGACAGCGAGAUGACCGGCUACGUGGUGACCCGGUGGUACAGGGCGCCCGAGGUCAUCCUGAACUGGAUGCGGUACACGCAGACAGUGGAUAUCUGGUCCGUGGGCUGCAUCAUGGCCGAGAUGAUCACCGGCAAGAUCCUUUUCAAAGGGAGUGACCACCUGGAUCAGCUGAUGGAGAUCAUGAAGGUGACCGGGACGCCUCCCCCGGAGUUUGUGCAGCGGCUCCAGAGUCAGGACGCGAAGAACUACAUGGAGAGUCUUCCCGAGCUGGAGAAAAAGGACUUUGCUUCCGUCCUGAAGAAUGCGACCCCCUUGGCUGUGAACCUGCUGGAGAAGAUGCUGGUGCUGGACGCCGAGAAGCGGGUGACGGCCGCAGAGGCGCUGACCCACCCCUACUUCGAGACGGUGCACGAGUCCGAGGAGGAGCCCCAGGCCCAGCUCUAUGAUGACUCCUUCGAUGAUGUGGACCGGACGCUGGAGGAGUGGAAACGAGUCACAUACAAAGAAGUCCUCAGCUUUAAACCUCCUCGCCUUCUGGACUCAAAGGAGACAUCCCUGUGACCCCAAGUGGAGAUGGAAAGCGGGGUCCCUCAUAUACAGGCCAGUAAGGACUCCCACGGUGACGUGUAGUUUAGGGUACGGCGGGGGCAGCAGGGAGUGACUGCUGGGAGGCCUCUGGACAGACUCAGCGGGCAAUGACCCCAGCAAGGACUCGAGGAUGGGAGCAGGGAACUCUUGGGAUGAGCUGGGCCCUUCCCUCUGGACUAGAAUUCUCCCAGCCCCCUUUCCGAGGCCAAGAGUCUGUUAGGAGAGGGGAGUCACUCAUCGGGAAGGGGAGGAGCGCGCAGGGCUCCCCAGUUGAUUUUGGAAGAAACCCUGCUCCCCUGCAGCCCCUCCUUGGUCCAAACACCCCAACAGAAACCUUGGACCCUGCCCCAGAUGUUGGGCCGCUGACGGUGAUUGCCGCACUGUGUCAUGGCUGGGAAAGCUUGGACUUCCAGCUACCCUCUGUCCUCCCAGAUGUCUGUGGAGCUCAAGCUGGGGGGGAGACUCCACAGGGGCUGUGGUGGGGCAGUUGUGACUCAGGGACGACCUCCCUCUUCACCCCCAUAUGUAAAUAAAUACUCCCGGCAAGCCA